AUGUAUUUUGCUAUAGGAACUCCUCGCAUACUUUCUGAAAGACUGGCUGAGCCUGAUUGUCGCUUUACUACUUCUGGCACUGUUUUGCCUGAUAAUCAUCACAGUAAUCGGGACAAUACUUCUGACAACCAUCCAACUCAUGAUAGUUCCAAGAACAACGAGUUACAGAAAGGAACAAGAAACGAGCCAUUAACAACCAUCUUGGCCAUUCGCAAGUGUCCGUUGGCAUCCUUAUUUGCAUCCAUUACCUUCAAUUCAGUGUCCAUCUGGUCAAUCAGGCCGGAUGUACAGCUAUCAAAAGUAACUCGAACAUUAGAAACAGUACGGGAAGAUGGCGAAAACGUAGAUCUGCUAUGGAAACCAGAUGGCAGUACAUUGGUCGUUUUGACAAAUGAAGGCUUCUUGCAUUUUUAUGAUGUCGUUGAGCUGGAAUCUCCAUUGUUUGGAUACCAUUUUCGUUCAACGCAUCAUAUGGCAUCAGGACCUGGCGAAAGUAAAUCUACUACAAACCGGAUUUUACGAUUCCGUAUGGCAUUGGAGAUUGAUUCUGGAACGCAGUGUGGAAUCGGACUUGAUGAUGACAUUCUUAUUUGUACAAACAAUCCUCCCUCAAUCCUCUCUUUACAUUGGACGGGCGAGGUUAACAUUCCUGGAACAAUCUCAUUGGAGGAUUUGGAUUUUUUUCUCGACAAAAAUGAUUGCAAUCGACAACUGUUUGGAUUUGUUUCUCUCGAGGGAAAAGCUUAUAUUGGUCAGCGAUCUAUUUUUAGCGGCGAUAUGCAAGGCAUAUUGGAAUCCCAGACCGAUCAGCAACACAAAUGGACUGGAUACUGUUUUUACAAUAAAGAUGGUGACCGCGUUCCUGCAGCGUCGAUAGCAUUUAAUCCGACAUUUACUUUAGUUGCUGUUGGAACGUUGCAUGUUGCCACUGCUCUUUCUUGGACACAGGAUGGAUAUGCGCUUGCUGUUGCUUGGAUAUAUGGCGGAAUGUCGGUCUGGAGUGUAUAUGGAAGUCUUUUAAUGAGCACCAUUUCAGAAGAUACAUUUGUUCAUUCCGCUGAUGGAAUCGUUAGCAACACCAACGAAAUAUUCUUUACUGGUACACAGGACUUGUUUUGGAGCGAAAGCGGUCACGAUCUGUUUAUUUUGCCAUCAUCGACUUUUGAAAAAGAGUCUGUAUCAGACAUCUAUGUUCUCCAAUUUGCCAAGGCAUCUAUUUUGACCUGUGAUUCUUGGAGCAACAGCAGACAUAUCUGUUUACUGCUGGAUGAUCGCUUGCUAAUGUAUGAGGGACUUCAUAGCGACACAAAUGUAACCAGUCUUGACCCAAUGGGUUGGGAAACCAUUCAAAUUCCAAACGUGUAUAUUUCAGAUAAUUGGCCAAUACGAUAUGUUUCUUUGAAUUCCUCUGGGAAAUUUAUUGCAAUUGCAGGUAAACGAGGAUUAGCACACUAUAAUACAUUUUCUGGAAAAUGGAAGUUGUUUGGAAAUGAGCAUCAGGAACAAGGGUUUACAGUUCAAGGAGGAAUAUUGUGGUUUCGUUCCAUGCUUAUCGUUGCUUGUCAAGAUGUGAUUAGCUAUAGCUCAGAGAUUCGCGUUUUUUCAAGAACCACCAAGUUGGACAACUCAAUGAUAUUGCAUAUUGAGAAGCUGCAGCAUCCUGUUCUUACAAUGAAUAAUACAGACUCGCACCUUUUGCUGUAUUGCGCAGACCACGUAGUUCGAUAUUUUUCGAUCCAUAUUUUACCAGGAGACCAGCGAGUGCAACUUCAGCCUCAGCAAGCAUUUUCUAUGCAAGAUAUAAUUAGCGGAUGGGGUGAUAUUGUACAAGCUGUUGCAAGGUUUCCUCCGCCAGGGGUGAUAUCUAUUGAGACGAUGACUAAUAAUCCGUUUGUCAUACUACGCAAUGGUGCACUCCAUAUGAUUUCAAAAAGAGGAGAUUCCUGGGAAGCUAUCAAAAUUGCAAGCCACACUGAGCAUUUUUGGAUUUCUGCUCAUGAGGAUGAAGUGGAGGAGUUUUCAAAUACCAUGUGGGCAUUUAGUGGUCGCACCGUCAAGAUUUUGACAAACAUAAUUAUUGAUCCCAUUGCAGGAACAGAUCAUUCCUUCCUAGACACUGCAUUGGACAUUAGUGUUGAUUUUUAUCCAUUAACCGUUUUGAUUCAAAAGGGCUUGUUGGUUGGAAUAGAAAAACAACUUUCGCUGAAUUCCACGCUGGAUGUUUCUCAAUUCAGCACGGAUACAAAGGAUCUGGAGUAUUUCAGCCACUCUUUAGAAGUGCUAUUGCAUACAGUACUGGAGGAUAAUUCCGAGUCUGAUCAAAAGAAAUCUACAGCUGUUGGUAUUGAAUCGCAUUUAACGCAGAUUGUCAGAUUUAUUAAACGAUUUCCAAAAAGCUUGGAAAUCAUUGUAAACUGUGCACGCAAAAGUGAAAUGGCAAUGUGGAAUUAUUUUUUCGCUGCUGUUGGUGAUCCCAUCACCAUGUUUGAGACAUGCUUGGAUGAAGGUCUGCUCGGAACUGCCACAUCUUACCUUAUUGUAAUACAAACUCUUCGAUCAUCAUCCGUUAGCACCAAGCUAGCAAUUCAAUUGCUAAAAAAAUCAUUUGAUCUUAAAGAUUACGAAACUGGCUCUGAAUUAGUGCGUUUUUUGAAAAGCAUCAAGGCUGGUGAGCAUCCAAUGAUGCAAGAGACAGCGAAUGAUGAUGCGUCGAGCGUGACUGAUAUACUUGAUUUGACGGCUCUUGAACAAUUGGUGAAGGAUCAGACUAAAACGAUUCUCGAGAGUCAGCAGUAUCGCGACUUGGGUCAUUUUGCUGCAUUGUUUCAGAUUGAUCUUGGAGCCUGGCUUUUGACUGAAAGGGAAAAGACAAAAGUAUUGAUUUUUGAUUGGUUUGCCACACUUAUGGCACUGCAUAAACACUUUUCAUUGGGUCUUCCAAACGAGUUUAAUGCAGUUGUGAGUUCAGCGUAUCGGUUGACGUGGCAGCAAAAGGCACAGGGGCAAUCCUUGACAAAUGACACCGAGCCUUCUCAAAAUUUGUCUGCUAGUCGCCGAGCACGACCACCACCCUCUAGCCGCCAAACUACUCGUAAACCGGCAAAUCGAAGAGAACUAGAGAUCAGAGCUCUAAUGAAGGCUUCAAUAGAGGGUGAAUUCGUUGAGCUGGCACUUUUGUUAGGUGCACUUUUACUAGACUCUGCAACCCUGAUAAGUCUGUUGGAUGAGCAUCCAGAUCUCGUCGACUUUUUCCGUGAAGCACUGAAUCGCACCAAAUGCAGAGGAUACAGACAACUGAUACAGCAUUUUGAUCGCCAACUUACAACUAAAGCACCAUGUCCACCAAAAGAAUAA